AUGUCAUUUGGCUUCACUCGUUCCACUACGGAAUCGGCCAACUACUAUUCUAAGCAAAAUUCAACUGAACUUCCCAAUGGACCGUCGGACUCAGUGUCGCAGCUGGCAUGGUCUCGUGAUGGGCAGGCACUGGCCUGCGCUUCGUGGGACCGAACCUGCCGGGUCUGGCAAAUAACAACUCAGCCGGCGGCCUUCGGCAGCAGUGGCCAAAGCGUUUACAAAGGGAACCCGCAGUCGCUCUUCACAGAAACGGCACCUAUUCUCUCUUGUUGCUUUGGAGAUACAACGCAGAUGCUGCUUACAGCGGGAUGCGACAAGCAGGUGAAGGCGUAUGACCUCAUCAGCGGCCGGACCACAGGGCAGGUCAUCGGGCAGAUAUGCAAGGCGGCUUUCCACGACUGUUUCUUGGGGAUUUGCGACACGUUCCAUGACUGUUUGAUUUUAAAUGUUCCUCUUCUUUUCCAGCAGAACCAGAUAGCCUUUCCUGUCACAACGCCGAGCGCUGCAGCUGCUGCUUCUAUACCGGUCUUCACUAAGGCUGGAUCUCAAUAUCAGAAAAUGCAAACGCGAUCUAUUGCGUUCUUCCCUGACGAUGCUUCACAAUCACCAGGGGCUGCAAUUGGAAGCGUAGAAGGCAGAUGCAGCAUUGUAUACAUCAAAGAAGAGCAUAAGCUGAAGACAUUUGAACCUGCGGGCGCGCCGAUAGCGGAUUUGAAAUAUGACCCCACAUCAACAGCGCUCGCAUACGCCGUGUCUUACGACUGGAAUAAGGGCCCAGACCAGCAAGAGAUGGCAAAAGGACAUCACGUUUACAUUCACGCA